AUGACAUUACUCACAUCGGUGAUAGCUUUGCUGUCACUGCUACCACUUGUAGCUCGUGCUGCUGAUGAAACUACUUCUAUAAACACAAACGAUCCAAUAUUUUGGGUCAAAAUCGUCGUGAUCAUCAUUUUGGUCAUCCUCAGUGGCAUCGUUGCAGGUUUGACCCUUGGUUUGAUGUCUUUGGAUGAAACAAACUUGGCCAUCCUAGCUAACUCCGGGACCGAAUUACAAAGAAAACGUGCCAAGCGUAUUGUGCCCAUUCGAAAAAAUGGGCAUCUCCUGCUGACAACUCUGUUGCUUACCAACACUGUCAUCAACGAAACAUUGCCUGUGCUGUUCGAUAGUAUAUUUGGUGGAGGUUUCAUUGCGGUUAUUGCGUCUACCGUACUCUUGGUCAUUUUCUCCGAGAUUAUUCCUCAAGCUGUUUGUUCCCGUCAUGGCUUAGCCAUAGGAUCUUUCUUUGCAUGGCCUGUUCGAAUUCUCAUUUAUGCCCUGUUCAUUGUUGCUUGGCCAAUUGCCAAGGUGUUGGAUAUGCUUCUUGGAUCUCAGCAUGGAGUUCUGUAUCGCAGCGCAGAACUCAAAGAGCUUAUCGCUUUACAUGCUACCACUCAAGAAAAGGGCGGAGACCUAACGACCGAUGCAGUUACCAUUUUACAAGGUGCACUGGAUCUUCAGGAAAAAAGUGUCGUUCAUGCUAUGACAGAUAUAAAGGACGUAUUCAUGCUAAGCAUCAAUACAACAUUGGAUCGUAAAACUAUGACGAGGAUUAUGAGAAGCGGACAUUCUCGUAUUCCGAUUUUUGAUGGCCCCGCAGAUCAACCUCUUGACCAACGUAAUAUCAUCGGAGUAUUGCUUGUCAAGUCUCUUAUUUUAUUGGAUCCUGAUGACAAUACUCCAUUGAAGGAUGUCAAGUUGGGAACCAUGACUGCAAUUAGUCCUAAAAUGAAUCUCUUUGAACUUCUGAAUGUCUUCCAAGAAGGUGGAAGUAAGUGCUUUUGCGCCCCAUUUUUUACAUGUCACAACUCAAAUACAAACUUAUUUUGUCUUUUCCUUAGGUCAUAUGGCUACCGUUGUUGA